AUGUCUGAUUUGGGGAAAUUGUUGGGAGGAAGACUGGAAAGAAUCCUUGUGGUCCGAGUGGAGAGUAGAGAGGGAAAAGCCAAGGAGUCUGAGCAGCCCUUCCAGGACCUUCUAGCACCAGAUGGAUUUUCUUUUCCUUUUACUCUCAGGUAUAUUCGGAUUGUUGGGACUCACAACACAGUGAACAAGAUUUUUCACAUUGUGGCUUUUGAAUGUAUGUUUACAAACAAAACUUUCACUCUUGAGAAGGGCCUGAUAGUUCCCAUGGAGAAUGUUGCAACAAUUGCUGAUUGUGCCAGUGUGAUUGAAGGAGUCAGUCGGAGCCGAAAUGCCUUGCUGAAUGGGGACACUAAGAAUUAUGACUGGGAUUCUGGCUACACAUGUCACCAGCUAGGAAGUGGUGCAAUUGUGGUUCAACUGGCACAACCAUACAUGAUCGGGUCAAUUCGGUUACUGCUUUGGGACUGUGAUGAUCGAAGCUAUAGCUACUAUGUUGAGGUUUCUACCAACCAGCAACAGUGGACCAUGGUUGCAGACAAAACUAAAGUCACCUGCAAGUCCUGGCAGUCCGUAACUUUUGAAAGGCAGCCUGCCUCCUUCAUCCGGAUCGUUGGAACACACAACACAGCAAAUGAGGUGUUCCACUGUGUCCACUUUGAGUGUCCAGAGCAGCAGAACAGCCAGAAGGAGGAAAACAGCGAGGAAUCGGGGACUGGGGACGCCAGCCCAGCCGGGCAGCAGCUUGACCCCCAUGCCCUGCGGGCACCCAGCAGCAGCUCGCUGCCCUCCAGCCCAGCCUCCACCUCACGCUCACCCAGCCGACAGCACCAAUAAAGGAAGCCACGGGCCUGGUGUGACUCGGUGGGCCCAGAUGAUGGCAGGAAAUGGUCCUCCCUGAGCAGGGGUCUUUGUUGAGUGCCCCCUACCCCUGUUUCCAGGGAGGAGCUGACCACUCACCUGGCUACAAAAGCGGACACAGACAGGUUUUCUUCCAAGGGCAGAAGGGGGUUGCUUUGUUCUCAAUUUGUUCAAGUCAGACUGGUCUCCAGGGGGAGAAAAUGGGUCUUCAAUCUUCAUCAAGUCCACCAUUAACACCCUACCUCUGUAAUAUAACCGGGCGAAGGGAGCAGGAGAAUGUAAUAGACCCUGCUGGAAUGCAAAGGUGGCACAUGCACACCCGCACAGGUAGAGGACUUGAGGCCUCUGUUACCUGGAGGCCCCUAUAGGAAGCAGGUUUUCAACAGCGUUUGCCUUUACAGAACCCCUUUCCUGACAGCUGGAUUGUCUGUUAUUUCUUUGGUUGUUUUCCAUUUGCUGAAUCAUAGGUGUUCCGGGUCUUUUUAGAUGCUCAAACAGCAAAUCACUUGUUUUAAUCCCUUUUUGAUGCUGUGAUUUCCCUUCCUUGGUUUUGUACAGCUCCGCGUGGGGGAGCAGAGCCCCAUCGGCUCGCUCCUGACCAAGACGCAGGCGCAGCUCAUCAUGCACCUGGGCUGGCAGGGAAAGCCUCUGAGGAGGUUCAGCAAAUACACACUGAGCAGAUCAAUCUGUGGACACUGAAGUUAAUAAUCACGCGCAUCACUGAGUUAUUAACCUGUCAUUCCUGAAAUGGAUCCAGCCUUUAGGCUUGGGAGGCUGACGAGGAA